CUGCAAACACUAUUAAAGACCAACGGCCAACCCCGUUCCAUUCCUCCUCUCAGGCUCUAUCAACUUCGUACACUCAUGGACCAACGCUACUUACCACUGCGACUUGUCGACCGUUACCUUGCGAACCAUAUACCUGCGACUUGGGCUCCAUUCGUCUCUCACGAUGAUGUGUUACAUCAACAAGACCCUCGGGAUUUUGCGUACCAGUUGCUCGUUUCACGAUGUGAGUGGCAGGCACCAACGGAAGUUGACGGAGGCCAAGUACGCUGGCUCUUCAAGGACCUGGAACGAAUUUUUUCCACCCGUCCAAACAUCGCUAUUGAAUCGACGGCUGAUGCUGCCGCUGUCUACUUCCUCUUUUCAAAAAAAUGCCAUCCUUCACUCAAUCCAACGUCGGAUUACAUCCAAAGAACGCAUCAUGUGUUGAUAUUAUCGAAUUUGGAGCACAUAGAAUCGUCGGAUCUGGAGCAUAUGGUUUUCCCCCCCGAACCCGUUCCUUGCUCAGAGGUCCAGAUCAUCGACAUAUCUCUCUCUGAUUCUAUUACCGGACCCGGCAGUGACUACCCUUCUACUCUGACUGCUAAGGAUUUCAAACUUUACGGCGGCUAUCCUUGCGAAUCUCGAUCACUUCAGAUAAGCGACAUUAGUUGUUUAAACCUGUACCAAUGGAGGCACAUCCUUGGACGAUUCUCUGACACCGCGAUUCACGAUAGCGUCAUCUUCCAUUCUAGAGUCCUCGACGACCAUUUUAUCUGGAUCGAGAACAUUUGCAACCUCAGCCUUGAGGAUUGCGUCGUCGGACAAGAAGUGUUCCAGGCUCUGUUCAACCGCUGCGUGAAUCUGGAGGAACUUAAAUUACAAAUGGUCACAGUCAGUCAAGAUCGGGAACAGGACGCACCCACCAUGGAGAUAUAUCCUAACAAAUCCAAGCUCCGCGUUCUCGAUGCAAUUUGCCUGGAGGAAAACGAUAUGCGGAUGAUACUGGAAACCCUCGCUGAUACGAACCUGUCGAAUGUCGCACCAUUUGGAGUUGACAGCCUGCAUCUUGAGUCCCUUGGAGACGACCUACAAGUUAACUUCCAGGAUGUGGUAUGCGAAUACUUCGUCAAUAGUAAUCGUAUGAGAACUUUCACAGCGGGUACCAAAGAACUGAAAAUACUGCUUGGUGCAGACAAGACCGGCGUUGACGGCGUGUGCCUAAUGAAUCUUAUUGUCGACGUGUGGACCUCCAGAGGCGAAAUUCCUGUCUGUGAACAGUUGAAAUAUGUGGUCGAAUUCCUUGAUGGAUGGAUGCCUUUCUUGCCUUAUCUAAAAGCCGUGAAAAUCAUGAUUCGAGGCGACGACUUUGAUAGCAUGAAAGGCACGUCGCAAUCCUUAUGGGAAUCUCUUGACCAGAUUCUGUCAAUGAGGGUGAACCCAAUCUGGAUGGGUGUUGAUCUUUGCACGGACGCUGCAUGUGAAACCGUGGCCGAGGAAAUUAGACGCUGGACGGGGGAGCGAGCUCAUGUUCGUGUGUUUUUCAACGGGAGUUUCAUCGAAGCCUAA